AUGCAUACAUAUUUAUUCCAAAAGAAGAUCUGUUUAAAUGUUUGUGUGGAAGACCUUGCCCGAGGCACAGUACACCCAAGAAGUGCACUACUUGAUUCAAGCACUAACAGCAUUUUCAUAGAUCAGGUCUUGGCUGAGCAGAAUGGACUCCCCCUUGUAAAAUUAGAUGUAUCUAUUCCCAUCUAUAAUAUUGAUGGUACACUGAAUGCAGGUGGCUGUAUCACACACAGAUAUUAUUUGUGGUCCAGUGCCAAGGACACAGAGAAUGAGUCAUCGCAGAAGCUACCCAACUAG